GGCGCACUUCUUCUUUAACUUGUCCCUCUCUCCUCCUCCCUCUCUCAGCAUCAGCAGGAACCGGCGCGUCAGGCUCCAUCCAGACUCCGCAGCCCCCCUCACUCUGCUCUUUCACUCCGGACACUCACUGCGGAUUUUUGUUUUUUGCGUCAUCUUUUCUUCCUUUUCCUCAGAGAACACCGCCUCAGAUAAAGAGCUCCUAUCCGUGUGUGUGUGUCCCUUUUCUCAGACUUCAGAGCAACAGCCUCCGCCGGCGCAUCAGUGAGGUAGGACAGCCUGACAUCAAGCUGAAGUCAUGGAUGAGAUGGACCUGCCCCAGAUGAAAAAGGAGGUGGAGAGCCUCAAAUACCAGCUGGCCUUCAAACGAGAGAAAUCCUCCAAAACAGUCACAGAUUUGGUAAAAUGGAUAGAGGAUGGAGUUCCCGAGGACCCUUUCCUGAACCCGGAACUGAUGAAGAACAAUCCAUGGGUGGAGAAAGGAAAAUGCAUCCUGCUCUAGGAUAAAAAGUCUGUCCUCCCGUGACCUUCAAUGUCAACAGACCCCCUACAGAUGACCCCUGAAGCUGACCCUACCCAGCCUGUGAGGGCACUGGCAGGACAGCACCUACGAUCCUCUCACCAUGAAUGUACUACAGCAGAUACCCCCAACCUCUCCUAGACGCACAGCAACAAGAGCACAGAAACACACACCGACUGAUAUAAACUCACUGCAAAUCUUGGGAUUUUUUUCUAGAUUAAUUUACUGCAAGUUUAAUUCUGCCACUACAACUUACUCUUACUAUGAUAUGAGAACGGUGUUCAUGUAUUGUACCAUUUGACUAUAUAAUGACUUGUACUGUAUAUGCAGCUCACAGUCAAAAGCAUUUUUGUAUCAAAUUUUCCUCCUAUUUCAACAAGUCUAUUUAUGUUGUAGAGUCUCCUUCUCAGACUGAGCUGAUAAGACCAUCAUCAUCAUCACUGUCAUUAUCAAAACCACAAAUUGUCUUUUUUCCUUUGACUUGACAACUUAGAUGUUGAUAUUGCACAAGUAUGCAUGGCAAGGAACUAUACCAUUUUAGCAUCUUAUUAAAACUAAAAUAAACUACCAGUAACAACCUAUAUGAAUGUUUUAGUAAAUGUAA